AUGAAAGCAGGAAAUCCCCCAGCUUUUAAUGAUCCGACAGCAAGAUUUUCUGCUGCGGAUAUGUUGAGUUGUGCAACCUACACUUCCGGUUGCAAUGGAGGAGAUCCUUAUAAUGCCUGGUUGUGGACAUACACCUCGGGAAUUGUGACCGGAACAGAUUAUACCUGGGCUACUGGAUGUAAGCCUUAUCCCUUCCCACCACAUGGAACAACUAUGUACACUGCGCCAGCUUGCACAUAUUCUUGUACAACAGCGUGGAAUAAGGCUUAUAGCGUUGAUAAAAGAUUUUCACAAAUGGUUUAUUUCUUGCAAGGGCAAGGAAAUGUUGCUGCAAUUCAAAAUGAGAUUAAAGCAAAUGGCUCUGUUGUAGCUGUUUUUGAUUUGUAUAGCGAUUUCUAUUAUUAUUCUAGUGGAGUAUAUUCGCACACCCCCUCAGCAACUUAUGAAGGAGGACAUGCAGUUAGAGUUCUGGGAUGGGGCACACAAACAUGUUCAGACGGAACACGAAGAGAUUAUUGGUUAGCCGCCAAUCAAUGGAAUACUGAUUGGGGAAUGCAAGGAUUUUUCAAAAUUCUUCGUGGAACUGAUGAGUGCCGUUUUGAAUCUUCAGAAAUUUCAUUUGGCACUCCAAAUAUUAAAUGA